UUGUAGCUCUGAUGGCCAUUAAGAAUGGCUUGAAUGAUCCCCAUAAUGUCCUUGAGAAUUGGGAUAUCAAUUCUGUUGAUCCUUGUAGCUGGAGGAUGAUUACUUGUUCUCUAGAUGGCUCCGUUUCUGCAUUGGGAUUGCCUAGUCAGAACUUGUCUGGUACACUAUCUCCAGGGAUUCAAAACCUUACUAACUUGCAAUCAGUAAAGUUAAAAAAGCUUGAGACACUUGACCUUUCCAAUAAUGCAUUUAGUGGUGAGAUACCAAGUUCUUUGGGAGGCCUCACAAGCCUGAACUACCUGCGGUUGAACAAUAACAGCCUUACCGGAGCAUGCCCUCAGUCUCUUAGUAACAUUGAAGGUCUAACACUUGUGGACCUCUCUUAUAACAAUUUGAGUGGUUCUUUGCCAAGAGUAACAGCAAGAACAUUCAAGAUUGAGGGUAACCCGUUAAUAUGUGGUCCAAAAGCAAAUAACUGUUCUAAUGUGUUGCCAGAACCACUUUCCUUCCCUCCAGAUGCUCUAACAGCUCAAUCAGACUCUAGCAACAAAAGCCAUCGUGUUGCAGUUGCUUUUGGUGCGAGUUUUGGUUCUGCUUUUAUCAUUGUAAUUAUUGUUGUGUUUCUCGUUUGGUGGCGAUACAGACAGAAUCAGCAGAUAUUCUUUGAUGUUAGCGAGCAAUACGACCCUGAGGUGCGCCUUGGUCAUUUAAAGAGGUAUUCAUUCAAAGAGCUUAGAGCCGCAACAGACCAUUUCAGUUCAAAGAAUAUUUUAGGAAAGGGUGGCUUUGGAAUAGUCUACAAAGGGUGCUUGAAUGAUGGAACAAUUGUGGCAGUUAAAAGGUUGAAGGAUUACAAUGCUGCUGGUGGUGAGAUCCAAUUUCAGACAGAGGUUGAGACAAUAAGUUUGGCUGUGCACCGGAAUCUUCUGCGUCUCAGUGGAUUUUGCAGUACUCAGAAUGAAAGGCUCCUUGUUUAUCCUUAUAUGUCCAAUGGCAGUGUAGCCUCUAAAUUAAAAGAUCAUGUUCAUGGUCGGCCAGCCUUAGAUUGGGUGAGGAGGAAGAGAAUAGCGAUAGGUACAGCGAGGGGGUUGGUUUAUUUGCAUGAACAAUGUGAUCCGAAAAUUAUUCAUCGUGAUGUCAAAGCAGCCAAUAUAUUGCUAGAUGAAGAUUUCGAAGCAGUUGUUGGCGAUUUUGGUUUGGCUAAGCUUCUGGAUCACAGAGAUACUCAUGUGACAACUGCUGUCCGCGGAACUGUCGGCCAUAUUGCUCCAGAGUACUUAUCAACAGGUCAGUCAUCAGAGAAGACUGAUGUGUUUGGGUUUGGAAUCUUGCUUCUUGAGCUAAUCACAGGCCAUAAGGCUCUAGAUUUCGGGCGAGCAGCAAACCAGAAGGGUGUCAUGCUUGAUUGGGUUAAGAAGCUCCACCAAGAUGGAAGAUUAAGCCAAAUGGUGGACAAAGAUCUAAGGGGAAGUUUUGAUUUGCUUGAGUUGGAAGAAAUGGUUCAGGUAGCACUAUUAUGCACACAAUUCAAGCCUUCGCAUCGCCCGAAGAUGUCAGAAGUAUUGAAGAUGUUGGAAGGUGAUGGAUUAGCUGAGAGAUGGGAGGCCUCACAGUCACACAAGAGUGAAACACCAAGGCUCCGAUCUAGUAAUAGUGAAAAUAACCCUCAAAGAUAUUCAGAUUUCAUAGAAGAAUCCUCACUCAUAUUAGAAGCUAUGGAGCUUUCUGGCCCAAGGUGACAACAAAUCAUCUUGGCUUUCCACUAUAUAUAGAUGUAGUUUCAAUGGUUAAAGAAAAAAACACAACAUUAUUAUAUAUGUAUUUGGUGUCUAAUGUCAAUAGCUAUGAAUAUGAUUGCUUGUAUUCUUCUGUAAAAAGUUCUUUAAAAGAAAAGUAAGGAAACUCGUGCAUUGUAGUUGGUUCAAAAGAAUUUUGAAUCAACGGUGGAGAAUUCUAGUUUUUUUGGCAUCGAAACGGAACCGGAGCCCAAAUUAAGUUAGCAUAUAAAACGCAAGAAUCUUUCAUCUCCAUAUUUUUGU